AUGGUGGAAUGGCGUCACGGGGCUCGUAAGCGCCAGUCCUUGAUGGAGAAGGCGGUGCCAGGGGGGCGGGAAGUAGUGGAGAGUAACCAAUGGGAACCUUGUCUAGGUCGGGCCAAGCCGUUCGUAGCCAACGAACCCCGCGGCGGUGUCCCCGUGUCCCCGACGGACCUCGCCACCCUGCAGCCCCGCGCCGGGGAAUGGUGUCCCCUUGUCCUCGCCGUGUCCCGGGCGCCGGCCCCGGCCUCCCAUCCCUGCCUGCCACGUGUCCCGGGAAGACCCCUGAGCCGCCUCCCUCGUGCAUGCGGCCCGAGCUCCAGCAGCAGGGACCCUACUGUUGUGGUCGAGGAGCCGCGGGAGGCUCUGAGCCGAGCGCGACUCCGUCUGACUUCCAGUCGAGAACAGAGAGGCCGAGGAGGAGGUGCUGGCAGCCAUGGAGGUGGGGAUGAAGACCGUGCUGAGCAGACCUGCAGCCUGCAGAACCAGGAGGUGGCACAUUUCUGUUGCCUGAGCUGCUCGGUUCAGCGGCCCCAGCAAACCAACAGCACGGAGCACCCCGCUUGCGCCAGACUCAGCCAAAGGCCUCAGGUAGAAGGAGGUGCAAACACAUGCUUAAAUGCACAGGGGGAAGAGGCUUUCUUUGGAAGAAACCGAGGACUUUUCAAGGUGCUGUACCGGUCCCUCCCACACCCAGCUCCUUUCUUGGUGACAGACUGGGGGGGGGGGGGCAGCCCUGACCACCUCUAUGGACUCUUAGAUGCCCACCCCCGCCUCGGCCAGUGACACAAACGCAGUGGUGGAAACCCAUUUCUUCUCGACAGUAAACCUUGAGACUGGG